GGCCGUGAUACGGGUCCAAACUUGCUGCAAAGACUUUUCAUUUCUCCUGGCACGGUAUUCUCUAACCACGAAAUCAACCACCAAAAACUUAUACGCAGAAGGCCCCACUGCGCACGUAGCGCGCAAUACAAACUUCCACCGUGACCGAGAUUUUGCAGUAGAAAGAAAUUCAGAAGAAACAGAAGCACAGAAAAAGAAGAGGAAGAAAAAAAAGAAAGAAGAAGGCAGAGAGAGAUGUGGGUAUUUUACCUGAUCUCGUUGCCUUUAACCCUAGGCAUGGUCGUUUUCACCUUGAGGUACUUCGCUGGCCCCGAUGUCCCUCGAUACGUUCUUUUCACCGUCGGAUACGCCUGGUUCUGUUCUCUCUCCAUCAUCAUCCUUGUCCCCGCCGAUAUCUGGACGACGAUAUUGAAGCCGGAAAAUGCCAGUGAAUAUGGAGUCAUAUCCUUCUUUUGGAGCUGGUCCUAUUGGGGUACCUUUCUUCUUACUUGGGCUGUGGUGCCCCUUAUUCAGGGUUUUGAAGACGCUGGAGACUUCUCAGUGAUUGAAAGAUUGAAGACUAGUGUGCAUGUCAACUUAGUCUUCUAUUCAAUUGUGGGUUUUAUUGGCCUUGUGGGACUUAUUCUGCUCAUCACAAUGCACAGGAACUGGAGUGGUGGUGUCCUCGGUUUAGCUAUGGCCUUGUCGAAUACAUUUGGGCUUGUUACUGGUGCAUUUCUUCUUGGCUUUGGCUUGAGUGAAAUUCCCAAGAGCCUUUGGAGAAAUGCAGAUUGGACGAUCCGCCAAAAAGUCCUAUCUCAUAAAGUUGCCAAAAUGGCUGUGAAGCUUGAUGAAGCCCAUCAGGAAUUUUCAAAUGCUAUUGUGGUUGCCCAAGCAACAUCCAAUCAGAUGUCCAAGCGUGAUCCUUUGAGACCAUACAUGGAUGUUAUUGAUAAUAUGUUAGCUCAAAUGUUUAGGGAAGAUCCAUCCUUUAAGCCACAAGGUGGUCGGCUGGGAGAAAAUGAUAUGGACUACGACUCGGAUGAGAAAUCGAUGGCAACACUCAGGCGUCAUCUUCGGUUGGCUCGAGAGGAAUAUUAUCGGUACAAAAGUGAGUACAUGACCUAUGUCUCUGAGGCCCUUCAACUAGAAGACACCAUAAAAAAUUAUGAACGCCGCAGUUCAACCGGAUGGAUAUAUGUUUCAAGUUUCAGACCUGGUCGCUCUGGGAAAACAGGAACAUUCGUAGAUUCAAUAGAAUUUAUUUGGCGAUGCAUCCUAAGAAAACAACUAAAGAAGGUCUUGGCUAUUAUACUUGGUAUCAUGUCUGCAGCAAUUCUUUUAGCUGAGGCUACUCUCCUACCUAGAGGAGUUGACCUGUCUCUUUUCUCUAUCCUUAUAAAUUCAGUAAAGAAGCAGGAGGUGCUUGUGCAGGUCUUUGCUUUUGUACCUUUGAUGUAUAUGUGCAUCUGCACGUAUUAUUCCUUGUUCAAGAUUGGAAUGUUAAUGUUUUACUCAUUAACACCACGGCAGACUAGCUCAGUCAGCUUGCUCAUGAUAUGUUCGAUGGUUGCUCGAUAUGCUCCUCCAAUUUCAUACAACUUUCUCAAUCUCAUUAGCCUUGGUGGUAGAAAAACCACAUUUGAAAAGCGAAUGGGGAACAUUGAUGAUGCUGUCCCCUUUUUCGGAGAAGGGUUCAACAAUAUUUAUCCGCUUAUUAUGGUUUUAUAUACCUUGUUAGUUGCUAGCAAUUUCUUUGACCGUGUAGUUGGCUUCUUUGGGAACUGGAAGAGACUUAGAUUUCAAACUGAGGCAGAUGAUAUGGAUGGAUUUGAUCCGUCAGGAUUAAUUAUCCUACAAAAGGAACGAUCUUGUCUUGAACAAGGGCACAAGGUUGGCGAACAAGUUAUCCCAUUAGCAAGGAAUUUCAAUGGUGCUGAUAUUGAGUCUGGCAACAAAAUUGCAGAUCGUACUGUUGUUGAAAUGAAGGCAACAGCCACUUCAGCCGCUGAUGGUAUGAAGGGAUCUCCAUCAAGACCUCUGAAAGAAGUGACCCAUAAAUAUGGCACAAGCAGAGAAGCCAUCAGCAGCAAGUAUGCUGCCAUGAGAGAACAGAGUCGACAAGUGCCACAUCCUAAAACGGCGGAGAGUAACAUAACCUCUGCUAAGGUUUCAUUGCUUGAAGCGGGAAAAUCUCAUUCUAGUAACCAGAAGGGGGCGCCAUCCUCUGGUUUGGCCUCAACAUGGCUAUCAAUGAAAUCUGGUUUUCAAAAUUUUAAAGCAAAUAUGGAGGCAAAAAGGUUUCUUCCCCUACGCCAGAAUCAGGAAACCAAACUUGUCUCCCGAGUCAACUCAUCUGAUUCUGAGUCCCUAGAUGAGAUAUUCCAGAGAUUGAAACGGCCAUCUGUAGACCAUAUUGAUGAGGAUGAAGACGAGAAUUAGACAGAAAUCAAGGUCACGGGUUCUACAAGUUGAUAUUAAAUUCAUCUGGAGAAAUGUGCUUGUUGCUUGUUGUAGAAACUGUGAUACGAUAUGUACAGAUCAUAAGGGUCAUUGAAUUCUUGCGGUCCCAUAUAGCAGGUAGGAGUCCAGGGAGGAUGUUUUGCUGUAUUGCGACUGCGCCACUUAUGUCAGCAGUUGGAAAUUUCAGACAAAUACAAGGGGGGAAAAAUAAUUAUUCCCCAUGAUUUCAAGAAAAAUGUAUUUGCGUAAGCAAAUUUUGUAAUUUGAAUCGUAACAUGGAACAUGGAACAUGGAACAUCUAGGCAGGCAGCUUCCUACACGUGGUGCUGUACAUCCUUUGCUACAAUCUAAAAUCCAUUUCUGUUUUGAAGACCA